UAGUUUCAUGUGCUCACGUGAAACUUUCAUGUGCUCGCGUGAAACUUUCAUGUGCCGUCCUCAGGAGUUCGAACUUGUCGAAACUUCUCUUCCUAUUUCCGGCGUGACACACGAGUUUGUUCCAAAAUUCUCCAGUGAGUCCUCGUGGACUCGCGUCAAGGGUCCCUAAGGUCUGUGGACUCCGAUGAUGUCCACAAGUCCGUAGUGUGGCAUUUGGAACAGGGCCAAACUACGCGAGAAUCACGAGCAGUAGCACAGAGUUGUUAUGUCCCUUCCCCAUGCGGUCCUUCCCGUACAAUCUUAACACUUCUGCUUCCUUAGAAACACCUCACACUUUGUGUGAAGUGACAUCACAGUGUAGCUUCCUCUUCAAGGGACAGCAGAGUUCUGAAAAGGCAGCACUUCGGAGUCUGACAACUCUGUGAUCUGAGAUAACAUCAACAUGGCCACAAAGGGCAGUUCUUUCAGUGGAGGUGUUACACUGCUUCACACUGAGCAAGAUGGAAAACAUUCCUAUGAAGUGAAAAACUUCAUAAGUUUAGACAAAGGAUUUUUUGCAAGAGAGGGCGAUAAAAUCCUGAAGAUAAACCAAGAAAACAUUGAGGAUGUAACACCAGAAAUGUUGGCUUAUAUGCUGAUCGCAGGAUCUCCUAUGUUGACUAUACAUCAACCGACCAGACCGAAAAAAGAAGAGUGUUCAUCGGAGGAGAUCAAGGCCUUUAAUAAGGAGCCAACAAUGAUGAAUUUCUGCCUGAAGAUGGUGAGAGAGGAAGAUCUGGAUAAAGAGGGGGACCAGGAACAACCACUUCCAGAACGAGAGUGGGAAAAGUGUGUAAAAGAAGACAAUCUGCUUUUCAUCUCCAUGGCUGAAACAAGCUUAACGCUGGUUGUUGGUCGAGGCUGCGACCCAGCACACCCUUGUUACAACUGCGGAAGAACGGACUGCCAAAUUAAUGACGUUGUUGUCAUACCUGAAAGAGCUGAGAUUGCCUUCACUCCCAUUAUUUCAGAUGGAUCACUGAUUGUGAAUCGGGUUAGAGAACGGGAUAAUUUGUUUCUGAAGAGUUACUUCAUUAACAAGUAUAUCACCCCAUCUAAUGAGGAGUUGAUUUUGAAAGACACCAUGUCAGCAAAAAUCACAAUCUACUAUUACAUGCCGACCAUACCGGACAAAGCUGGUCUUCCAGUAGUGCUGAACUUUACUGGCACUAAUAAUUUCUUCCGCUGUUCCACCAAGAAAGGGGAAAAUGAGAAGAUUUUAGAAGUUGUGAGCCAUAACAGAAAGGACCUGAAAAACAUCUGUGCAGAUGACCAAGAAAAAUGGUCCCUGGUGUUUUACAUGUCUGCUUCAGCUGAAGAUCUCAGGCGUUUCGAGUCCGCUCUUCACCGAGGUUGGUUUAUUUCCACACAGCGUGUAAACUGUGAUAAAGUUGAUAAAGCUGAUAAAGUUGAUAUGCGGAAGAAAAAUGAGUCUGAGCCAUUUAAGUUUUAUUUUGUAAUUGAGAGUCAGAAAUAAAACAUAAAGGGUUGUUUCAGAAGAUGCUUGAAGUGACAAAAAGACUUUAAAUAUAAAGUAAGGAGGAUCAAAUCCUUGACAAAUAGAAUUUUUUAUAUCUUUUUUUGUUUACACAAAGUAACUUUGCUAUUCAUUUAUGAGCUAUUAUCAUUAUUUGCUUGUUUUCAUAAUCAAUAUUUUGAGGUGAAAAAUGUAACUUGAACCUGACAUAUUUUGUUUCCAUAUUAUUAGUGAUGACCUCACAAAUUUAUUCAAGCUGAUGUAAGCGAUCCUAAUGUGUCAUUAAUAAGAUGAGAAAUUCUUUGGAAUGGCAACUUGGCACUCUUAAAAAUAAAGCUUCCCAAAAUGUUCUAUAAAAAACCUUGAACAUUAUUAAGAUAAACCUAUCUGACGUAUUAAAGUGUGGCUUAUACUGUAAGGUAAAAGAGAAGUGGUGGUUGAGACCCUUUGACUGAAAGUUCAUUAGAGGAACCAAAAAAUGCUUCUUUUGCAAAGAACCCUUUUUAUAACCUUUAUUUUUAAGAGUGUAUAAGUGAUAACCUUUUAAAAAAGUCUUGAUUGCUAAAUUUGGACUGAAGUAAUUAGUUUUGGUUUAGUUUAAAAAUACAGCCUUCUCCAAAGAAUGUACUUAAAUGUGUUUAACUGCUAUUGCAGUAGUGAGUAGAUAUGUAUCAUAUUAUUAGCUAAAAUGUUUUUUUACCCUGCCAUUCAUAUGCAUAUGUGUCAUUUUUUUUUACAUUGAACUGAUAUUUUCAACCAAUACAUGUAAU